UCGACAAGGCUGGUCUGGAAUGGGGGAAGGCCUGUCGGAUUGCACUGCAAGAUUGAACACCACACUCAGGGGCUCGGGUGCAGUGUGGAUUGGCGGCCUGGUCCUUGGUCGCACCGCAAGCCCUAGCGAACUGUCAGUCAUCGAAGUGCUACAGGCGGCUUAGCGACCUGACGUCGGAUGACAACAACGGCGGUGGCGUAUCGACCCGCGUUCGCGGACACGCGUGUGCCUGGCAAGCCGAGUCCAGACAGCAACGACAAGGCGGGAUGGCCAGAGUUCCAGUUCACUCUGAAGACAUAUGGGCGCGCAGCCAGCGCAGAAAAAAAGUGCCGCGCGCUCCGAGGAGCCCAACAAACUUAUGAGGACAAGGAAGGGGAAAGAGAGAAGCAGCCGCAAGGAAGACCAGGAGGGAGAAGAGGGUGACGGGAGGAAGAACAGGAAGAGGAUAAUAACGGCCAAGUCGGUCGUGCUAUGCGCACGCGGAAAAAAAGGGGGAGCCGCGUACAUUCCCCGCCCAUCGUGGGGGUGAGCAUGAGGGGGCAGCGCAGGCGCCGCGCCGCCGCGGAUCAGCCCUGCCCGGCUGCCUUCAGCGCCUUCUCGCACUUCUCCAUGCGGCCGCGGAGCUGCUGGACGUAGUCGUCGAUCAGGUGCAAGAACUGCUGGCUGACGCUGUCCGCCACCUGGCUCGAGGCAGGAGGAGGAGGCAGGAGGAAAGAUGUUUGUUUACUGUGGACCGCUGCAGGACAGGCUGCCGAAGCGACUGCAGACCAGGACAAACAUAUAAGCGGCGACGACACAGCAACCCUCGCCAGAAUGCCAAUCAGACGCUCCUGCAAAAAUCAUCCUGG